UUUGGGUGAAACCACUCUGUUUUCAAAACUUCACAAUGGCCUUACUAACAAGCUGGAUAUCAGUCCUAAUGGCAUUUCUUCUUCUCUUCCAUUUUUGGAGAGCAAAGGUCUAUGCUUCUGGAAACUUAGAGGAGGAAAUAGAUUUCACAUAUGUUAUUAUAGGAGUUACUCUGGGAGCAUUUCUAGCAAUCGCUUUUGUUGCAGUAAUAAUUUGCAUGAUCAAAAACCAAAUGAUUGACAAUGUCUUUGGAGACUCAGAUGGCAAAAUGGAUAGAAGGUCGAACAUGGGAUCGAGCCAAAACAGAGAUGACAUCAAUGUACUAGGAAAACAAAGUACAAAUGAUCAAUAAUCCUUUUGGAAUCAACAGUUACCUGAUCUGAGGAUCAAUAGAAGUCUCUUGUGCACAGGCAGGAAUCUCACCAAUACCAAUUCCUUUCUUUGUUCUUUAAUUGAAAGACUGAUUGAUUGAUUACAGGAAGAGCUUAUAGUGCAUGCUAACUUCAAUCACCUGCACACAAAAAGCCUGCAAUCCCCAACAGCAUGUAUAUGAAGGAAAUGUAUAGGUAAAAUAAAAUAGAUGAGCUCUGCUCAUUAAUAGAUCCUGUUUAGUCUGUGAUAAGCAUAGAAUUGAUUUCUAAAAUCAAUUAAAUACAGGGUAAUCAAAAAGGUAGAAACACAUUUCAGCAGCAGAAUUUAUGGUCAUGCCCGUAUUUCAAGUUAGGUAAAUAAUGACGGAAGUAACUUUAAAAAUCAUUAAUUUGAGUCUGAAAUAAAACAAGGUUUCUCAGGUUCUUUGGGAAAUACA